AGCCAAAAUAUGGCCGUGUUUGGGAUCAUUAACACUGCUUUGAUCUGAUCACUUUGUUUUGGCAGUUUUUCCCAAGGCCUUUGAUCUCAUCAUUCACUCUUGCCGCCUGCCGCUGCCUGGAUCAGAUCACGCCUGCCAAGUCAUCACCCACUCUUUCCCCCCUCCCUACAAAUAUCUCUCUUCCGCCCACUUCCACCAACUUGGCUUUCUUUCCUUAUCCAGCCUCACACCACAUCUUCAUUCAGCAACCUCUUUCAUCAAUCUUUUCAUCAACACCAUCAAAAUGGCACGUACCAAGCAAACUGCACGUAAAUCCACUGGUGGCAAGGCCCCUCGCAAGCAGCUUGCCUCCAAGGCGGCUCGCAAGUCCGCACCCAGCACCGGAGGUGUCAAGAAGCCUCACAGAUAUAAGCCUGGUACCGUCGCUCUCCGAGAGAUCCGUCGCUACCAGAAGUCUACUGAGUUGCUCAUCCGAAAGCUUCCCUUCCAGCGUCUGGUCCGUGAAAUCGCUCAAGAUUUCAAGUCUGACCUCCGCUUCCAAUCGUCUGCCAUCGGCGCUCUUCAAGAGUCAGUUGAGGCAUACCUCGUCUCUCUCUUCGAAGACACCAACUUGUGCGCCAUCCACGCCAAGCGUGUUACCAUCCAAUCGAAGGACAUCCAGCUCGCCCGUCGUCUCCGUGGUGAACGAUCUUAAAUGUGAUCGGCUCUCUCGCUCUUGGACAUGACAUGGAUCACCAGUAUCACCAGUGAGACAUUAGGUCUUCAGGACUGACUGAUCAUGAUGGCUUAUGGGAGGGGUUUUACGAAGUUGCUACGGCGCAUGGGAUGAAUCACAACGGAUUUGUAUUGCUUGACACAAAUAUUCAUCAAUGGGGGUAUGGGACCUGGCGUUUUCUGCUUGUAAAUCAGCAUUUCAAUCUGCAAGUUGUCCAUACAGACAUGGCCUUGCACUGAGCAGACAAGCGUCAAAGAUACAGAUAGACGUCGAGACAAUCAAAUCCGCGUCAUCACAUCAA